UCAUGUGAUUUCAGAGAAAUAUCUCAGGUGGACGGAUGCUGAUCAGACAGACUGAGAGAGGACGUGUGGAGGUGAAGACUGAGAGAGGACGUGUGGAGGUGAAGACUGAGAGAGGACGUGUGGAGGUGAAGACUGAGAGAGGACGUGUGGAGGUGAAGACAGAGAGAGGACGUGUGGAGGUGAAGACAGAGAGAGGACGUGUGGAGGUGAAGACUGAGAGAGGACGUGUGGAGGUGAAGACUGAGAGAGGACGUGUGGAGGUGAAGACUGAGAGAGGACGUGUGGAGGUGAAGACUGAGAGAGGACGUGUGGAGGUGAAGACUGAGAGAGGACGUGUGGAGGUGAAGACUGAGAGAGGACGUGUGGAGGUGAAGACUGAGAGCUCAGAGCUGCUGUACCUGCAUCAACUAACAGAGAAACGACUCAGAGGACUGAAAGCUAAGAGACAGACUGAGCACGCUCAGUUGCUGCUUCACCUGGACCACCCUCACACAGCUGACAGACACACAGAGAAACGACUCAGAGGAUUGAAAGCUAAGAGACAGACUGAGCACGCUCAGUUGCUGCUUCACCUGCACCACCUCACACAGCUGACAGACACACAGAACCUUUCUGAUCACAUCAGAUCACAGUUUGAUUUAAAAUCAGCUUCUUCAUCACUCUGAAGAGGAGAUCUCAACUCUUCAGGAGGACCAAGAGACCUGAAGAUGGCUUCAACACCAACAAGAAGACAGAGUAAAGAACUGCCUCCUCCUCCUCCUGAUCUGUCUGAAUUAAUGAACAAACCCAAAGAACUUGCAGCUUCACUUAUCAGAGAGUUUGACAGCAGAGAACCAAAGAUGAGACAGAUUGUUAGAAAGUUUAUGGAGAUCCCUGAUAAAGUCAGAAAGACGCAGGAGAGAACAGAUGAAGUCAGAAGAGCAGGAGCUGGUGCACUAGGAGUCGCACCCCUCGGCAUGCCGUUUGGCUUACUUGCAGGCACAGCAGCACUAGCAGCAGCAGAAUCAACAGCACUAGCACUAGCAGUAGCAGCAGCAGUAGUAGCAGCAGCAGUAACAGGAGGGGCAAGAGCAUUAUCAGCAAGGGCAGCAGCAGCAGCCGUAGUAGCAGCAGCAGCUGCAGCAGCAGCAGCAGGAGGGGCAGCAGUAAUAGCAGCAGUAGGAACAAUAGCAGCAGCAUUAGCCAUUUGUGUUGCUGGUGCAAAUCUAACAAAAUGGAGAUCAGAGAGUGAAAGU